AUGGACUCUUAUUCUGUGAACAAAUCGCGGAAACGUGUGGUAAAAGCGUGUGACGUUUGCCGGUCCCGCAAGAUCAAAUGUGAUGGAAACGAACCUUGUUCCAACUGCAUCAAGUAUUCGACGGAAUGCAAAUACGUACACCAAGCCAAACGUCGCAGUUGCAACACCAGCCGGGUGUCCAACAAGCGGAUAUUGGAAGAUCUUUCGGUGCGACUCGAUACACUCGAGACUUUAUUGAUUCAGAUCCGCGACGACGGUGUCAGUAAAGAGGGCACCGACGACGCAGCCGCGUCGUCGCUACCCAAGAUAGAAUCCGAAGAGGAGCCACCAGAUUCGUCGUCGGAAAAUGAGAACGAAGACGAAGACAGAGACAAGAGUGGUGCAAAGGGAGAAGACUUGUCGGAAGCCACUGUUGAUGGAGACGACUCACGCGUGGGUUACAUGGGACAACACGUAGCGUUGUCACUUUUCACCAAAAAUGGACUGCUGUGGCUCAAGACAAAGAUCUACAGGGACGAGCAGGCGCUCGUUUCGCUUCUGAAGGUCAGACAUAUGAUGUGCGGUGAGAACAUUGCCAUUUUCAGAGGUGUCUUUGAUAAUCCGGUCGCCGACGACCGACUUUAUGAGUUACUGCCUGCAGAUGCGAACGACGAGUUGAUGGACGUUUUUUGUAAAAGGGUCCUACCCAUCGGCAGGAUCGAACUCGACCUCAAUUUGACCGAAAUGCUUGCGAAAAUGCGCGCCAAUCCACAGAGUUUGAAUCUGGCCGAAUUGUUUUACUUGAAAGUCGCGAUGUUACUUGCCAUGACUUACAGUCUCCAUACGAAUGUCGCAAACCGAUCCCUGCCCCGCUGGCGGGAAAUCCGGUCGAAGCUGUUGCUCAGUACCGUGCCGUUGUACCAGUACACCAUUUUAAAUAUAGUCGGCGAUACCGUUCGGUACAUCGAGGGUGUCGUUAUGCUAUGUUGGUUUACAGAAAACUCGCCUACCCCCCAGGUGAGCUACGGGGUACUGGCCACUGCCAUUCGGCUUGCACAAGAGAUAGGAUUGCACGAUCGACAAGCUCUUCAGGCCAUCAACGAGCCUGCAGAAAUUCUGAGGCGCCAGUUUCUAUGGCUCUCUUUGUACCGCUUCGACAUCCACUUGUCCAUGCGUACCGGUAAGCCGCGCCUCAUUCAUGAUCACGACUGCAGCUCGCUCAACGACUGGGACUUUUACGUACAGUCCCAAUUGUAUCUGUGGAACGAAACCCCCGAGGGUGAUGCCCUGAGCGAUCCGCCACGAGAUCUCAAAUGGUUAGAUCGGCUCGACACUAAUUUGCAAGUGCUUUCGUUUUUAUCGCAGGAGGGCCUUGAGCUUUCGUUGCGGUACUUCGGCAUGAAGCUGGCGGAGUACUCGGGCAGGCUUUAUCGCUACCUGCUGUCUUCAAAAGCGCUGACUCAAACCAGUGGUAAAGAGCGGCUCGCGCUCGUUCGAAGGCUCAACGACGAGCUAGACGACUGGCACGUUAUGUUUUGCAGCGCGUUCAAGACCUCUCACGACCUCGAGGCCCUGCCAGCGAAGUUGUCGCUGAUCGGCGUCCUUCCUAAAAGUGCUGGCAAGCUCUGUCAGUGGAAUUUUUUGUGUACGACGCCGCAGGCCCUGAAAACAAGGUUUCUUCUGCUGCACAUGGAAUACUAUCUGAACUUAUUGCACACAAAUAGCGUUUUGAAGAAAAACCCAUGGCAAACCGACAAAGCAGGCGAUUCUCCACAGUCUUCGACGGCUCUGGACCGGUGCACGUUCGCCGCGAGACAGCUGCUCGAGCUGACCACGCUGACCAUCGAUCCGACUGAGCCCAAUCAGUUUCUGCUCACAGACGCGCUUUUGAACUAUUUUUCAGGGUUCCUCAACCUGCUGUGUCGAACGCUGGAGCACCCUGAGUCGUCUCGGGAAGAUCUGGAGCUGCUGCUGAGGGCUGCGCAAUCGAUGACCGCGUCCGUGCAAGUGCACAACAGCUCGUUCUCGCUGAAGUGGACUUCCUUGACCGUGGUCACUCUGCACCUGCUCAAGGCCGCCAUCGAGCACUACAACGCCAGCUGCGCGGACAAAUCCGCGUGUUUGGACCCCAUGCUUGCCAUAGGCCAGAUCCGGGGUCUCGAGGGCAUUCUUUUCGACCAGAUACGUCAAUGCGUCGAAGAGGCCGGAUCCCUCGCCGAAGAUAAUGGCGCCGCACCGCCGCGGCCCGGGCGGGCGCCCGUGAGGGCGCCCGCCAGCCUCGGCAAAGAGUUCCCGCUGGCUCCCACUCAGUCGACACUCGACUACUGGUUCGACCAGCUUGUCAAGGGUAAAGAACUCGGCACCGCGACUCUCUUCAGCGACCCCGGCGCCUUCAACGCGGACGUGGUCGACGGCAGCGCAGCUGCCGGCGACCUUGCCGUCGCUGGUGCGUCGACAACGGCCACAGCAACGGCUGGCCCAAACUUCAUGGACUAUCUGAUGCCGGAGCUCGAUUUCGACGCAUUCUUGCGCGCGGAAUCGCCCAACGGGCCAUCCGUAUUUUUCGGGUUCUGA